AUGACAUCUCCAAAUUUUCUCUUCUAUCUGACAUGUUUGUUCUUCGGAAAAGUUGCUCAGAACACUGAUUCGAAAUUCUCCUCAUCUCUCCAUCAAGUAAAUGCUUUUGUAUCAGCUAAAACUGGGGAUAACUUUACUUUGCAAUGUUUCUAUGAAGGCAAUGCUGCUGCAAGGUUUUACUGGUAUAAGCAAACUCUGGGACAGAAACCACGGCUCAUCUCUACUUUCUACAAGUAUAAAACAAAUGAAAUAUUUCAUGAUGAAUUCAACAACAAUCCACGCUUUAAAUUGGAUACUGAAACAGGUAAAAAUCACUUGAAGAUAACAGAUUUGCAAAUUUCAGACUCCGCUACUUACUACUGCGCAAGAAGCUCCUCAUACAAGUUUGAAUUUUGCAAGGGCGCUACAGUCAAUGUAAAGGAUUCAGGUUUGAAGAUCCCAGCUACGGUCCAUCAGUCAGCAUCUGAGAGCAUCCAGCCAGGAGGCUCUGUGACUCUGGACUGUACAGUACACACUGGGACCUGUGAUGGAGAACACAGUGUUUACUGGUUCAAGAACUCGGAAGAAUCUCAGCCAGGACUCAUUUACACCCAUGGAGGCAGGAAUGAUCAGUGCAAGAGAAAACCCAACACACAAACACACACCUGUGUCUACAAGCUGCCGAUGAAGAGUCUGAAUCGUUCUCAUGCUGGGACCUACUACUGUGCUGUUGCCUCAUGUGGACACAUUCUGUUUGGAAAUGGGACUAAGCUGGAUUUAGAGGAUGAGGUGGACUCUCCUUCUUUAGUGUUUUUCUUGAGUGCAGCUUUGGCUUUCACCACCAUCCUGAUCGUUUUACUGGCUUUCUUAAUGUACAAGGUGAACAAAAGAAACAGCUGCCAAACUGCAGUAAACCACGCAACAUUUCCAUCUCCCUCCACAGCGAGUGCAGAGGGUUACCAAGAUGCAGACAACCUCCAUUAUGCUGCUCUAAAUGUCACCCUGCCCAACAGAUCAAGAAGACCGAGGAAAAACACCAACAAUGAAUGUGUGUACUCUAGUGUCAAGCAGUAGAACUGGACAUUAUUUCUACGUUCUGAGUAAGAUGGAAGAUUCU